CCUCAAGGAGCAACUUGCUCUUUAUUUGUCCCGAAUUUCGAUUUCAGGUACAGUAUUACUCAAUUUUAGAGUAUUAAUCUGCGGAUGUGACCACUGACGAUCGCAAAAACUAUGGUUUUAUAGGUUCUGACAGCAUUCUACAAGACUUGAGCACCAAUAUUGAUGUUAUUCGACUUUCGCCAGAUUUUUUCACCACUGAACUCAAUAUGUCCGAGCAGGAUUACUACUCCGAAUCCUUAGAGCGCCGCGUGGUUAAUAAACCGGGCGAGACUAGAUGGACAAAAGAAAUCACUGCAGAGCAUUUUCUGACGCUAUUGGAGACUAUCUUGCGGACUCAUCCUGAGACAGUCCCCGCAAUUCGGAAUAGCAUCAAUGGCCCAUGGCAGGGGAAUCUAUCCAACCCAAUUCAUUGUAUAUUCAGGAGGCAGAACUGGCCUGGCAUGGCGAAAUAUGACAUUCUCUGGAACAGAUUGCAGCCCGCCCUGAAGCUUGCUACACGAUAUAUUACCAGCGAUAAAUUGCAAGGAUUUUGGAUUCGUACGCUUUUGGGUCACCAGGUACCUCUGAAGAAUACCUCAAAAAUGGUCAUGGUUGGUCCUCGACUUAGCGACACAAAUCCAGGAGCAAUUCGGUCGGUGGCGAACAAGUUUGAGAAAAUAGCGGAUAACAUUCGAUGGGAGUUCGGCGUCAUGAAAUCGCACGGAUCUACCCAAUUCGAAAGGGGAGAGGAGGAGGAGGAGGAGAAGAAGAAGAAGAAGAAGAAGAACGCAAAGCACCACCACCUACGUAUCAACGUCAAUUAUUUCCGAUUCCUUUUGAGAGGUGAUAGCAAUGAAGUUCAACGCAUCCAAACGAAUUGGAUGCUUGCAAGCACCUUUGUGCACGAGCUUGCACAUGCCUUUUUCACAGCCAAAACCGGAAAGAAGCUGAAAGAGCCCUUGUUCGAUAUUGAUCAUUGGGAUACCGACCUUGGUUGGGCCUGGGAGCGGUGGAUGUGGGGUCCUGGUCGUUUCAAUGGUUCCCCCUGUCCCACUACCGGAAUCCAAGAAUUUACCUGGAGGCCAGAAAUCAAUUAUCCUUUGAACCCCUCUAUACGACGCCAAGGUUUCAUGACUUACGAAGUUCAUGUGCGAUGGCUGCACGAACAUUUCCUAGAGGAAACUUGGAAUCGGCUUGACGCCCUGCCCGUCGCCAAAAGGACUCUCUGGGAUGCACCGAAAGUUGGAGUUGCUGUGCUUCAGGGUCCAAGCAUUCGCAAUUUGAACCAACGGGGUUGGUACUGGGUACCAGAUGGCUGCGAUGAGAUCAAUCGAGAGACCGUUAGGUUCACGCCGGCACGCGGUACAGCACUAUAG